CGAAGUUAAAACAGGAACUUGGGUUUACUCAGCAGCGCAAGUGAAACCAGGGUGAGUGCAAGAAAGCAGAGCAGAGACACUGCAAGUGGUGGACGUGAGGCUCCCGGGCAAGAUGUGGAAAGCUGUGGCAGGUCACAAUGUGUCUGAGAAGGUGGAGUCCCAGGGAGACGACUGGGAGACGGACCCGGAUUUUGUGAACGACAUUUCGGAGAAGAAGCAGCGAUGGGGGGCUAAGACCAUUGAAGGCUCUGGCCGUGCAGAGCACAUCAACAUCCACCAGCUAAGAAGCAAGGUGUCUGAGGAACACGAAAUCCUCAAGCAGAAGGAGCUGGAAAUGGCGCCCAAAGCUUCCUAUGGUUAUGGGGGCAGGUUUGGGACCGAGAAGGACCGCAUGGACAAGAGCGCCCUGGGCCACGAGUACGUUGCGGAGGUGGGAAUGCACUCCUCUCAGACGGACGCAGCCAAGGGUUUUGGUGGAAAAUUCGGGAUUCAGAAGGAUCGAGCAGAUAAGUCUGCGCUUGGCUUUGACUACAAAGGCGAGGUGGAAAUGCACACCUCUCAGAAAGACCAUGCCGUUGGGUUUGGUGGGAAGUACGGCGUGCAGAAGGACCGUCAGGACAAGUCUGCCCUGGGCUGGGCCCACAAGGAGGAGAUCAAGCCCCAUGAAUCCCAGACAGACCAUGCCGUUGGGUUUGGUGGGAAGUACGGUGUGCAGAAGGACCGUCAAGACAAGUCUGCCCUGGGCUGGGCCCACAAGGAGGAGGUCAAGCCCCAUGAAUCCCAGACAGACCAUGCCGUUGGGUUUGGUGGGAAGUACGGCGUGCAGAAGGACCGUCAGGACAAGUGUGCCCUGGGCUGGGCCCACAAGGAGGAGGUCAAGCCCCAUGAAUCCCAGACAGACCACGCCGUUGGGUUUGGUGGGAAGUACGGUGUGCAGAAGGACCGUCAAGACAAGUCUGCCCUGGGCUGGGCCCACAAGGAGGAGGUCAAGCCCCAUGAAUCCCAGACAGACCAUGCCGUUGGGUUUGGUGGGAAGUACGGCGUGCAGAAGGACCGUCAGGACAAGUGUGCCCUGGGCUGGGCCCACAAGGAGGAGGUCAAGCCCCAUGAAUCCCAGACAGACCAUGCCGUUGGGUUUGGUGGGAAGUACGGUGUGCAGAAGGACCGUCAAGACAAGUCUGCCCUGGGCUGGGCCCACAAGGAGGAGGUCAAGCCCCAUGAAUCCCAGACAGACUAUUCCCAGGGCUUUGGAGGCCGUUAUGGGGUGCAGGAAGACAGAGCGGACAAGAGCGCAGCUGCUUUAGGUGAAAUGGAAGCUCCCACUGCCUCAUAUCAGAAGACAACGCCUGUAGAGGCUGCUUCUGCUGGGACGGGCAACUUAAGGCGACGUUUUGAAGACAUGGCCAAGACAGCAGAGGAGGAGAACAGGAAGCGGGCAGAGGAGGAGCGAGCCCGACGUCAGGCCCAGGAGCUUCAGGCUGCCCGAGAGGAGCCGAAGGAAACAAAGAAGAGUGAAGAGCGAGUCCUGAGCCCUCCAUCGGUGCCUGGACAGAUGCGCAGAGAGGCUAAGCUGCCCCCUCUGCCUCCCGAACCCCAGGAAGAAGAGAAAGAGGACCUUCCUCCUGUCCUUCCCCCGCGGAGCCUGGACUUGCAAGAUGGCCUCAGAGAGCCCCCUCUCCCACCCGCUGGCCAGCAGCAGCAGCAGCAGCCCGUCUAUACUGAAAGCACAGAGUAUGAUGGUGAUUACGAUGAGGUGGUUGGAAACUCGGGCUACCAGGAACCUCCUCCCUUGGUGGGCGAUGAUGACGAAGGAGGGGACUACGAGGAAAUGCCGGACCAUAAGGAGGCUUUCAGUUAUGGCAGUGCUGAUGUGGACCAGGACUAUGAAGAGAUCCCCAGCCUUUCUGGAGGAGUGGCUUCUUCAGGCAGUGAAGAGCCUACGUACGGUGUGGGGGAGGGAAACCUCUCUGCUCUGGCCCUCUAUGACUACCAGGGAGAGGGAGAUGAUGAGAUUUCCUUUGACCCUGGAGAUACCAUCACCUCCAUCGAACGGGUGGACGAGGGCUGGUGGCGUGGAUGCUGCCAUGGCAGAGUCGGCCUAUUCCCAGCUAACUACGUGAAGCUCCUUCAGUGAAGCUUUGCACAAUGACGGCGUUCAUUACCCGCUUCUCCAGUGCCCUUGUCUUGCUGGCCAUGUGACACCACCACAGACCACAACCCCAUCCUGAGGAGGAGGAAGCAGCAAAGUCCUGUCUGUUCUUGCAGUGGAACGAUCAGAUGCUUCUCCUUCCUGAGCACCUUGUGCGUCUCCAGGUUCUGUCCUCCUGCAGUUCCCGUCAUGCUGUGAUCUCUGAACCUAUUCAGGCUGCAACUGGUUUUGUUCAGCCUCUGGCACCGGGUCCCCCCAGCCCUCCCCCGCCCUAUCUUUCUGUGGCUACUAAUCCCAUCUUGCUAAAUCUCUCAGGGACAAAGGGAAAGAGUUGCUAAAAGCUCAGUGGGGUUAGUUGUGUUCAUGCAACAUGUUCCAUCCUAAUUGUAUUUUAAGAAAACACAAGGGUUUUCUUCAUAUAUUGCACUGAACACGUAAGCCAGACUGAGGUGAUGGGCCGGUUCAUGCCACCUGCAAAGACUGUGGCUGAGCCAUCAACUCGUUUCAUCUUGUGUUAUAUACUCUGCAAGCCCAGCCAGUGGGUCCAAGAGAGGGACGUUCUGCUCCUCUGCUCUGGCACGUGCUAGAAAAUAACCCUCUUGCAUCUCUGAAUGUUGGUGGGAAACUGUGGAAAGCACGCUUAGCCUUCCACGUCUGCCGCUCUUUCCCCAACCUGGACUCCACCCCACUGUUGGAGCCUCCCUAAUCCCUGAUCAAUGUGCCUGGAGGGAAACCGAUCUCAUGGUCUCUUACUCCCAUAGCUUGUACUCCUACAUGCAAAAAAUAGAGGAAGUGUCGUCUUGGGUCUAAAUAAUAAAUAAGUAAAAUUAAAUAUAUUUAAAUCUAAAGGUGUUUAAUUUCCCAAUCAAAUUUCAAUAUAUGAAAUAGC